AUGUAAGAUCAUGAGAAGAUUGAUUAUUUCGAUCGAUUAAACUAAUUAGUAUUUAAAAUUAUGUAUUAAUCAAAUCAGCCAGGCUAUUCGAUUAAUAUUUAAGUUUAUUGUAAACAAUUAAAUGGGCUGCGUUAUGGAUAAAGCUAUUAAUUAAUUGUAUUUACAAAGGAUCCUGACGGGGUUUUUUAAGAAUUCAAAAAUAGAAUUAUUCUAAUGAUCAUCAUGUAAUGUUUAAAUUUUUAUGGUCUCAAAUAUUUAUUCGAAAUGGUUUAGCCUUUAAAAUUCGAUCUCUAUUUAGGUUAAUAAUUCAUAGGAUAAUGUCAAGCGAAUUUGGGUGAAAUAUUAGGAGAUAAACAAAGAGUCUUUUAUAUAUCCGAUUUGAUGAAUCAGAGGAAUGGAAUGAUUACAUUCAAAACAGAAAGGAGCCAAGAAAAUAUCUAGAAAAUCAAGUUCGACAUUUACUUAUAACUAAAUAAUUCUCUGUUUUAGUCCCUGCUCAGUCUUUUUAAAGAACAAUAGUCCUUGUCAUUGAUUUUAUAUAAAAAGAUACCAAAUAAAUAGGUAAUUCUAUAAACUGAAGCGAAACCUAAGUCGUCAUAAUUGAAUUGGAAAAAAAUCGAGACUUCCUUUGAAAUUCUUUGUGAUAAUGACCCAUUGCAAUCUAUAUUUUGUGAAGUGAUUCAACAUGAAGGCUUUAAUUAGUAAAGUCUUGGUGAAUUUGAAUUCUGGAAAUACCAGAUAGAUAAAAAUGUGUGUUUAUUUAACAUCACCAACCUCAAUAAUGAGAUUAUAGGAAGAUCAAUGAUUGAUUAAUUUGAAUAUGAUAUUGAAGGCCAGUUUUAUAAUUAUAUCUGUAUGUAUAUUUCAUGUAUAUAUAUAGAAUAGGGAACUUAAUUAGCUUUGAUUAUUGCAAUUGAUUUUACUGAGAGCAAUAAAAAUCCAUACAACAAUGAAUCAUUACAUUCAAUAUCAAAGGAAAGUCAAUACUUAUAAGCUAUUGAAUAAGUAGCAAAAAUACUGAUGGAUUAUGACAGCGACAAAAGAGUUCCUAUGUAUGGGUUUGGAGGAAUACCAAGAUAUUUAUAAAAUUUCAAUAAACACUGCUUUCCAUUAUAAGGAGAAGCAUAGAAUUUAGAGGAUAUCAGAAGAAUAUAUGAAUUCUCAGUUAAGAACAUUUAAUUAGAUGGUCCUACUUGUUUUAAUCCUAUGAUUAGAUAGGUGAUGAAAUGGGCACAAGAGGACUUAAAUGCAAAUGGAAACCAAUAUUUUGUAUUAUUAAUUCUGACAGAUGGAAAGUAUAUGGAUGAGGAUUAAACAAUUAUGUCUAUAGUCGAUGCAGGAAACCUCCCUUUAUCUCUUAUUAUUGUUGGCAUUGGAGACUCAGCUGACUUGAAAGCCAUGGAUAAAUUGGAUGGAAACAAUGGAUUAUGGGAUACUCAUGGGAGAUAAGCAGAAAGGGACUUAGUUAAAUAUGUUCAUUACAAUAAAGUUAAGAAUGAUCAAGGGAAAUUGGCUAAGGAACUAUUAGAUGAAUUACCAAAACAAUUAGUCCUCUAUAAGUCUAAGGGGGGAUGA